CUCAGUCUCUGACACACUUUCACUCACACACGCCCGCACUCCUGUUUGCUCACACUCGCGCUCACACAGCCUCUCACACUCGCUCACGCCCACGGCUCUGCUGCCCUGACACACGGACCUCCUCCUGAGCCCCCACCACGGGCCUGGAUUCCGGCCAGUGACCCCUUCCCGCCCUCCGGCAGUGACCUCGGCACCCUCGGGCAGCCCUAACUCGUCAGCCAGAAAGGACGGCAGGCUGUGGAGUGCGGGGGCCAGCCGCGCGGUCGGGACAGUCUGGCGCUCACCCUGGUCUCGCCUGCAGGUCACUACUGCCCAGCAGGGACGCCCUCCGCUCGCCCCUGCCCGGAGGGAACCCUGAGCCAGCGGGAAGGCGCCGUCUCCCCCAGGGCCUGCCAGCCCUGCCCUGCAGGGAGGUACUGCCCCGGCGAGGGCAACAGGCAGCCCGAGGGCCCCUGCUCUGCUGGCUACUACUGUGAGGGGGGUGCUGCAGGCCCCACGCCCCGGAGAAACUUCGCCUUCCCCCUCAACGGACCCUGCCCCCGCGGCCACUACUGUCCACAGGGGACUCCCUACCCGGUGCCCUGUCCCAUGGGAAAGACAAGGAACAGCCCCGGUGGCACCUCUGAGAGGAGCUGUGGGCCCUGCCCAGCUGGCUCCUUCUGUCCCAGCCUGGGCCUCGGCUCACCCACUGGGCCCUGCAUGGCCAACUCCAGCUGCCCCUCGGACCCCAGGGCCUCCAGCCCCACGGCUCUCCCCUGCCCUCAGGGUCACUUCUGCCAGCCAGGGGCUGCUUGGCCUGCCCUGUGCCACCGAGGGCACUACCAGCCCUCCCUGGGCUCCGACACCUGCAUCCCGUGUCCUCCAGGCUUUUACUGCCCGCAUCCCGGCAGCAUAGCGCCGAGGCUCUGCCCAGCACACGCCUACUGCCCAGCCGGGACGUGGUCCCCCUCUCUGUGUCCUCCAGGGACCUUCACUCCCCAGCACACGCUCGGCCUCCGGGAAGAGGGUGACUGCUCCACCUGUCCCCCUGGUCACUACUGCAGAGCCGGACAGGUCUGGGGAAAAUGUCCUGCUGGUUACUUCUGCCCACCUGGCACAUCUGAAGUGACGACACCAGGUCCCAGGAAGCCCCAGACGCCGUGUCCCCAGGGAAAGCUGUGCGCGGAGCAGUGUCCACCAGGAUUUUACUGCCCAGAAGGCAGUGGAGAGCCCAUCCUGUGUCCACCUCACACCCUGGUGGCUGCCCCUGGAGCCCAGAGGAAAGAGGACUGUGGGCCUUGCCCUCCUGGGCGCUGGUGCAAAGCAGGGGUCCUGGACACACAGCCCUGUCCCUCUGGCCACUACUGCCCAGGAGGGAGUGAGACCCUCCCAGGAGUCCCCCAGGCCUGUCCUGAGCAUACCUACCUGGCCACAGAAGGGGGCCAGAGUCAGGUGGAGUGCCUCCCCUGCCCCGCCGGGCACCACUGCCCAUGGCCAGGUCUCUCUUCCUUCGAAGACCACCCGUGUCCUCCAGGGUACUGGUGUCCAGGGAACCAGGGUCCCCUUCUCUGCCCACCUGGCACCUUUCGGGCUGAGCCAGGGGCAUCAGCGCCAGAAGACUGUGAGCUCUGCCCACCUGGCUACUACUGCCCCGAUGUGGAACUUAGAGGCCAUGCAAAUGUGUUUCCUGUCCCCUGCAGAGCUGGAUCUGAAUGCCCUGCAGGUGCUGCGGCUGAGGUCCCAUGUAGGGCUGGCUCCUACUGUGGGCCCCAGACUGGGGUCCCCCCACUCUGCCCUGGAGGCUACGCCUGCCCUGCUGGCUCCUCCUCCUACAGUGGCCCUGGGCAGCGUUGCGUGUUCCCUCACUACUGCCCACCGGGCAGCGCCCACCCUCGUGCCUGCCCGGGGGGCUCUGAGGCCCUGAAUGGGAGUGGCCUCAGGGUCUCCGAGGAGACUGGCUGUCGCCUCUGUGAAGCCGGCACCUACCGCAGCCAGGCACUGGACACCCUGCCCUGCACGCCCUGCCCACCCGGGUUCAGCUGUCCUCAGGGGUCAGAGAGCUACCACGGCCAGCCCUGCCCGGUGGGCCACUACUGCCCUGAAGGGACUGGCAGCCCCAGGCCCUGCCCAGCAGGGACCUUUGGAAGCAGCAGUGGGGCUGGGGCCGCGGGGGAAUGCCAGCCCUGCCCCGCAGGCACCUUCAGUGCCCUGCCCGGCCAGGCGGGCUGCCUGUCCUGUGGGAGCUCCGCUGCUUCUCCCCUGGGUGCCUCCAAAUGUACUUGCCGGGGCCUGAACAGGGUCUUCCAGAAGUCAGAUGGUUCUUGCAUCUGCCAGGCAGGACAUGUGUCCUAUGACAGCAGGGGCCUGGAAAGUGAAGAUGAAGAGGACGGCAGCGGCCAUGAGGACUGCCAGCCCCAGGUCCCUGAGCGCUGUUUGCCUGGAGGCGUCCGCCUGGCUGCCACCCGCAAGUGUGCGUCCCCCCAGCAGCACGACUGUGCCUCCUUCUGCCACCCGGGGGGCGGGGAGCUCAGCGCUGAACUGGGCAUGUGCAGAUGUCGGGAGUACGUCUCGGCAGAAGAGCUCUGUGACACCGAGUGUCUGGCCAGGGCCCCCCAGCUCUCCCUGGCCUGGGGUCCCCGCAGGAAGCUGAUACUCAGCGUGAAGAAUGAGGCUGGGGACAGUGUCCAGAGGGAAGUAUCGGGCACUCUGGGCCCAGACCAGCCCUUCCGAGGGAGCACCAGGGUCCUUCUGGUCCAGUUUGGCCUCCAUGGCGUCUUUGGCUUCAUCAUCUCCAGGGUGGACGCAGUUGGCUCCUUCCUCCUUGGACCACCCAAGUCCAGCCCCCAGCGGCAAAGGCGUAAUCAGACUGCACGCUCGGAGCACCCCAGCUACCAGGACCCCAGCAUCGAUCUGCGUAUUCCAAACCCAGUUGUCUGCCUCGUAGUGGGGGACGUGAUCCUCUUCCAGCUUCACAUCCUUCCCCACAACCGCUCAGCCAGUCACUACCCUGUGUACCAGAAGCAGCACCUGUUCAACAGCAACCCCCGCUGGGACUUCGGGGCCUUCCGGAGGCUCAGCCACCUGGUGCGAGAGACUCACCUCAACUUCUCAAGGUUUGCCCACCAGUUCCUAGAUCCGGGCACGUACGUGUUUCAAGACAAUGGGAGGCCGGAGAGCCUGGCCGUGGUGCUGGUGAAGGAGGACGGGGUGGCCUGUGGCCCUGGCCUGUCCCCCGUGCAGCCCUCCUCCCCGUAUCAGCUGAGCAGGCACGGCGUCCUCAGGCACAGGCUGCAAAACCUGGGUCCAGACUGGGCAGUGAUCACAGGCGUGCUGCUGUCUGUAGGCCUGGCCGUCUCCGUGCUGACGGGCCUGGGCCUCCUGCUGGGACCCUCCCCGCCCCACGCCAGCCCCACUUGGGCCUGGAGGCCUCGGUGGAGAAGCCUGGGGCAGCCUCUCGUGCCCGCAGAGUAUGUGCUCCUCGGGGACAGCCUCCUGUUCCAUGAAGACCUGGGUCCGCGGGGCUCUGGGGAUGGGGCCGACUCCAGGGAGAAGGCCGUGACCCGGGGCCCAGGGGAGCCACUCCCGGCCCAGACCCUGGAGGACUUCAGCAUCCGCACUCUCUACGACAAGCUCGAGGACCAGAGCCUGCACGUGGCAGCCCAGCUGAGCAAGCACAGGAGUGACGCGCUGGCCUUCUACAGGGCCACCCAGCAGCAGCUCCAGGGGCUUCAGGACUUUCUACAGGGCAUUGGCACGACUGAACAGCAAGCUCUGGGCAGGGGCAGAGACAUCAAGAUGGAGGCCAAAGCUGCUGCCAAGACAGACCCUGAGCAGAGCAAAGAGCCACAGGGUGACCACAGUGCAGCUUCUCCAAGGGAGCACCAGCAGCCACCUCUAGGCAACACCCCCAGCAUCUCCGCCCUGGGCUUCCCGCAGGAGCUUGGCCAAGUGAUUGCGGCCCUGGCAUCUGCACUGUCUCAUGCGUGCGGGCCGCCAGCUAGAGCCAGCAGAAAGGCCUCCGGUCAGCCUGGUGAGCGGCCUCCCUCCGCCAGCCCCUGGCACGUGCUCCUGGCAGCCCAGCCUCCACCCGCGGACCAGCGGCAGCAAAGCGCACGGUAG